AGAAAGACGUUUUUUUCUGUUUAUUUUUAAUUUCCCUUGCCUCGUCAUCUCUUCCUCCAAUGCCCACGGCUGGCUAUUUUUCCCAGCGUUGGCGAUGUCUGAAGCGUUGUUCCUUCUCUUUUGCGCAUCCGUUUCCCCUCCCCGCGCAAUCGUGCUUGCUUCUUGCCUGCAGCUAUGGCGGGAGAACACCGGACUUCGCGAAGGCGCACGGCCUGCGCACUGCUUGUGGCGCUUCUGUUGCUAGUGUUUGUGAGCUCGGGCGGCUAUGGCGGCGGCGGGGUGAAAGCCUCGGAGGGCGUGGCGGCGGCGACAGAGACACGCCGUGCGCUCGCCGCAGCGACGCCCACCACACCUGAGGCUCGUCUGCGAGCGGCGUUGACGAGUCGCAACAAGACGGUCCUCCGACUGACAUCUGACAUCCUGCUCACCUCUGACCUUCCCCCCAUGACCUGCCCCAAUCUGACGGUCGUGGGCAACUGCAGGACACGUGACGGACGAUGGAGACCAUGCAAGAUCGACGGCGGAAAGAAGUUCUCAGGAUUCCUUUGGGCGAAUCAGGACGGGGUGCCGCGCCUCGAACUCGUGAACUUCCAUUUCACCAACUUUCGUCGUGACAUUGCCUCCAUGCCGGGGGUUAUCGUGGUCCGCAACUGCCUCGUCACCAAAAGCAUGGUGGAUGAUGGCCAGUUCGGCGCGUAUGAGCUGACGAUCGAACGCUCGACGUUUACUGGUAACAACGGCGUUUUGAUCGGCGGCAUGUAUGUUAACGUGCAUCUGAAGGGUGUAGUCUUUCGAUCGAACACAGGAGGGCCGUUGAUCUCUCUCUAUCGAGGCGGCGUAUCUGGCGAAAGGUGCAGGUUCGAGGCCAACAGGGGAAGGGCCGUGGAGGUGUCUAAAGGGGACGCGAUGUUCUUUAGCUCUUCGUUUGUGAAGAACUCGGGUGGUGCCGUUAAAUUCGGUUUUGAUGGGACGGGUGUUUUCUGCCAUUGUCGAUUCGCGGAAAAUUAUGUGACAUCGAGCGGAGGGAGAUCGACAGUGCAACACGUGUACUUUGGCGGGAUUACGGACGGGAGUGGUGGGGUGCAGUUCUGCAAGAAGCGGCCUCGAGUCGGGGUGGUCCUCGAGUCGCCAGAUCUCGCUUCGUACAUCAAGGACUCGUGCAACGAGUGUCCGAAAUAAUGAAACCAUCGCCUUCUCUCUCUUCUGCCUGCGAGGGUUGUCCAAAAUAAGGAUACUCUCGCGUUCUCUCUUCUCUCUUUUGAAGCUUUUUUGGUUUUAUAAGAGAAGGCGAACGCGUUCUUCCUCCUCUUGUUCCCCACUCCUUCAACCCUUUUGUUAUGGUAAUUGGUGUAUAGUCCGUUUAGUCUUUUUCGUCCGAACAUUCUCCUGGGGAGGGAAGCGAUCACGUGGGAUGUGGGGAAUCAAUGGGUGCUAACGUGGGGUAUAAGGAAAGGAGCGGUGGUGACGUGGCAUGUGAGGGAUCGAGUGGUGACGUGGCAUGCGAGGGAUCGAGUGGUGACGUGGCAUUAUAGGGAGCAUUAAAUGUCGGAUAGGUGUGGAUGAAGAGGAGCAGGGUGAGCAGAGUGCGAAUUCUGAGAUUGUCUACUUUGACAUGUUUUUUGUUGAGGCGGAAACAAGACGUGCAUUGGAUUUGAAAUAACGGAAAAGUCGGUUUUGGAUGAAAAAGCGAAUCGUUAUGGCUUCACGAGCGGCUGUUGCCUUGGAAUCAACCACUUCUGUUUCG